AUGAAGGCAAUGAAGCCUUCCUACAGAGUCGCAAAAUUUACUCACAUAUUCCGAGAGACGAACAUUGUAUCGGCGUCGGCUUCCCAGGAAACCAAUGCCCGUUCGUCCCUUACACCAUCGCCAGUUCAGCAUGCAACCUCACUCUCGAAAACGUCCGCAAAUACCACGAUGACAAGUAACAGUCCUGCAUUGUCCACAUCUUCAAGGAAAAUGCCAAAAUCCGAGGAAUUUCAACCGGUUGUUCGCUCCAUUCGCUCUAAGGCAUCGAGCUCUUCGCCUCCCAAGAUCGUGGAACGGAACAAGUAUGGUCAGCGUGUCGACCGCUUUGAUAUCAAGACAAUCUCAAAGGAUGAUUUGGCCCGUAUGAAGAAGCUGAAGCUUUGCAACUAUUUCUACCUAAAGGGUGAAUGUCCCAUCGAGGAUUGCCGUCAUGAUCACUCACGCAAAUUAACCAAAAGCGAGUACCAUACCCUGAUGGUCGUUGCACGCAUGACGCCUUGUCGCUACAAAUUCGAGUGCGAUGAUCCUGACUGUAUGUACGGUCAUCGUUGCCCUCAUAGCGAGCCCGGCAAAAGGGAGUGUGUCUGGGGCUCGACUUGCCGAUUCGAUGCCGCCGCCCAUGGAGUAGAUACGAUAAUUGUCAAGGUCACUAAAAUAUGA